GACAGACAGACAGAGAGAGAGAGAGAGAGAGAGAGAGAGAGAGAGAGAGAGAGAGAGAGAGAGAGACGAUAGGAAGAAGAGAUUUGUGUUGGAAGUCUUAAACUCCAGUGUGCUGAGUGUGGGUUCUCACAGGACCAGCAUGGGGAAGAACACAGAGGAGAACGAACAGCAGUCUGAAUAUGGAGAGCCAACAAAGUUUGACCCAACGUUUACUGGACCACUUCACAACAGGAGCUGCACCGAUAUCAUCUGUUGCAUCCUCUUCAUGCUCGUCGUCGUGGGAUACAUGGUGGUUGGUAUUCUGGCGUGGCUGUAUGGUGAUCCGCGGCACGUGCUUUACCCGCGCAACUCCACCGGCAUGUUCUGUGGUCUCCCACCUAACCAGAAUAAGCCGAAUGUAUUUUACUUUAAUAUCCUAAAAUGUGCCACAGCGACAAACAUCAUGGCCGCGGCACUUCAGGGCCUCCAGUGUCCGACCACUCAGAUCUGUGUGAGUUCGUGUCCCUCAGAUUUCUGGUCUCUGAACCUUCUAGCGUACACCGCUCCCUCUUCAGACUUAUACAAGUACUUUAAACAGGAGCUGUGUGUCCCGUCCUUCAACCUCAACACCACUACGCUCUCUGCAAUGGACAUCAUUAACAGGGAGUUGUGUCCAUUCUUCUACACACCUACGGCUUCAGUUUUGGGAAGGUGUUUACCCACUUUAGGCCCGGCGUAUAAUAACGUCCCACCCACCUUCAGUCUCCCCGGCAUGUCGAGUAAUCAGACUGUGAACGCAAUCAAGAAUGCUACUGGCGACCUUCUGGGUGGGUUCAAUGCCCGAGAUGUUGGCGUUCGCAUCUUUGCAGACUUUGCUUCUACUUGGCAGUGGAUCGUUCUAGGCCUGGUGAUAGCGAUGGUGGUCAGUUUGCUGUUCCUCCUCUUGCUACGCUUCUUGGCGGCCAUCUUGGUGUGGGUUCUCAUCCUCGGAGUUCUGGCAGUAGGAGCAUUCGGUAUCUGGUACUGCUAUAACGAGUAUGCAUCGUUAGCGAACUCCACCCUGACCUACAAUAAUGUGGGCUUCACCACCAACGUCAACGUCUACCUGCAGAUCCGUGACACCUGGCUUGCCUUCUUGAUUAUUCUCUGUGUGGUGGAGGCCAUCCUGCUGUUGACUCUAAUUUUCCUCAGAACUCGAAUUCUCAUCGCCAUCGCUGUUAUUCAGGAGUCCAGCAAGGCGGUGGGCUACAUGAUGUCAACACUGAUUUACCCAGUAAUCACUUUUGUGAUGCUCCUUGUUUGUGUCUCCUACUGGGGCAUCACAGCUCUUUAUCUGGCUACAUCUGGAGGUCCAAUCUACAAAGUUGUGGCUUUGAACUCUUCAGAGAGUGGCUGCAGCUCCAUCAAUGGCAACCAGACCUGUGACCCAACGAUGUUUAACUCCUCGGUGUAUGGGAGCUGUCAGACGGCACGCUGUGUGUUUAUAAAGUACAACACAGAGGGAUUGUUCCAGAGGAACCUCUUUAACCUGCAGCUGUAUAACGUGGUGGGCUUCCUGUGGUGCGCUAACUUCGUCAUCGCUCUGGGGCAGUGCACGCUGGCCGGAGCCUUCGCCUCCUACUACUGGGCCUUCCACAAACCCUCCGACAUCCCAGCAUGCCCUCUGGUCUGCUCCUUCAUGAGGGCGCUGAGGUAUCACGUUGGCUCUCUGGCGUUCGGGGCUCUGAUUCUUACUCUCGUGCAAAUAGUGCGCAUCAUCCUGGAGUACAUUGACCACAAGUUCAGAGAGGUUCAGAACCCCUGUGCUCGGUUUCUGAUGUGCUGUCUCAAGUGCUGCUUCUGGUGUCUGGAAAAAUUCAUCAAGUUCCUCAACAGAAACGCAUACAUCAUGAUCGCCAUUUAUGGCAAAAACUUCUGCGUCUCGGCCAAAAAUGCCUUCUCUCUGCUCAUGAGGAACAUCAUCAGGGUGGUGGUGCUGGAUAAAGUGACUGACCUGCUGCUGUUCUUUGGCAAACUGCUGGUGGUCGGAGGAGUGGGUGUGCUGGCGUUUUAUUUCUUCAGUGGAAGGAUCGUGAUUCCCAACUCAUCCUUCACAGCUUCAUCACUCAACUACUAUUGGAUGCCCAUCAUUGCUGUAGUGUUUGGUUCAUAUCUCAUCGCGAGCGGGUUCUUCAGUGUCUACAGCAUGUGUGUGGACACGCUCUUCCUCUGCUUCUUGGAGGAUCUGGAGAGGAACGAUGGCAGCGCUGAGAAACCCUACUACAUGUCCAAGAACCUGAUGAAGAUCCUGAACAAGAAAAACAAACAGGCCAAAAAAUAAACCUUAACUUCCUGCUCCACUAAAAUCCUGUCACAUGACCAAUCAUCUCUCCUACCUGCUCCCACACACUGCACUUUAGCCUCAUCAACUAGCAUUUAUUAGCUUCUAGCAUUUAUUAGCUUUUAGCGUUCUUUUAGCACUCACUAGGGUCCAGCCCUAUAUGUACCGAAUGUAACACUGACAAAAGACUAAUCCCAGACUGACCACGUAACCAGCUCGACUUUAACUCUCUCUUUCAGAACGCCGAUUAGCAAUUAGCAAUUUUUUACGUUUAGCAUGUUUCAAGCUUCAAUUCAUGGAACUAAUUCUUUAGAAACUACUCCCAGACUCAACACACCGUCUCUAAAUAUCAGAGAGAAAUUGUUUGAUUUCUUUAACAGGACAAGUUUUUAUUUUAUUUUAUUUUAUUUUAUUGUUUUAUCUUUAGCAAAUCCGUUCACUCACUUUAUUCAGUUUUUAAAGAUCUAAGACUAAACACACCUUUGAUUUCAGAGUCUACUUCAGAACAUGAGAUUAGCAUUUGUUAGCAUGUUAUUUUCCAUCAUUAUAUAAAAAAUAUGUGCCAGGGAACAAAAAUGAGGCUCCAGGAAACCGUAACGCUCCAUAAAGACUAAUCCCAGACAUAAUAUUUUACACAGACUCUGUAGAUGUGUGAGAUGAGGUGUGUUUAUUCUCGAGGUUCUUUUUGUUAGCAUUAGCUUUGCCUCAUGAUCUCUUCAUUAAAGCAGCUGUGAAGGAUUAAACCAAAGAUGUUUAAGACUAACCCCAGACUGAUCACACAGUGUUUGUCUAAAUGUUGGUCCGAGCCAAAUAUUUCCUUCUUUACUAGAAACGAUCAUUAGCAUGUUUUCUUUGUUAAUUAGCAUUAGCACUCACACUGUUAUGUUUGGCUACACAAACUAAUCCCAGGCUUGAGUGUUUGUUUAAAUGCUGGACUUAAACUUUUUUUUAUUUUUAGAAUUUUAUUUUAUUUAAUAAACUCUACCCAGAGACUAAUCCAAGGCUUAACACAGAUGGACAAUUUGUUAGUUUGGCCAAUGAAUCUGAAACACGUUAGUGACAAGGCCGUGUGUGUGUGUGUGUGUGUGUGUGUGUGUGUGUGUGUGUGUAAGAGGUUUCAUGUUGUGAUUUCUAUAUUGAGAGAAGUGUGGGUGUGUAUGUGAUUGGGAGUGAGUGUGUGUGUGAGCUUGAGAGUGUGUGUGUGUGUGUGUAGACUAGACAGAUAGAUGAGAUGUUCACAUGACUAAAACAUUUUGGAUGCCAUUUCCUUUCAAGUGCCUAUUGUUUAUUAUUUUUAUAAACUCCAUAAAACUCGUAUUUUAUCAUCUGAAGCUUUUAGUUCCAGGAUAAAGUUUUAUUUUUUUGAAGAAAUGAACAGAUGUAUAAUAUCUUUCAAAAUGAAGAUAAGUGUAAAACUGUUGAACUAUAUUUGUGUAAUAAUUCUAUUCUUUGUAGAGUUUGUAGAUUUCACUGAGCAGAGUGUAAUUUAUACCACUGUG